AAACGCACCAGGCAACUAUUUUUUGCAAAAGUGAAUGCCAGCAAUAAAAAGAAGGUGGGUGAAAAGAAAAAAAAAGCUGCGCUUGUUUCUAUGAAAGACCAAAGGGCUUGAGGAGGAUCCCGCUGUGAGAAAACUACAAUUCCCAAGAUGCCUUGCUGUGUAGUCAGGGAGAAAGACGUCGCAGUGAUUCCGGAAGAAAAUGUUACUGGGUGAGUUGGGUAAGCGUUCCGAAAAGAUAAUGGCAGACAUUCAUGGGAAUCCAAAGCAACAACUGAUUUCUGAGCUCCACAAUUUUGCUGCUGUUGGAGACAAGGCCAGGCUUGCAGCACUGCUUAGUCAUUCUCCCUCUCUUAUCAAUGAAACUGGGAAGAACGGUUGGACAGCCCUGAUGUAUGCUGCUAGAAAUGGGCACUUUGAGACUGUGCAGGCUCUUCUUGAGAAGGGGUGUGACAAGUCCAUAACCAAUUCAUCAAACCAGACUGCACUGGACAUUGCUAAGUUUUGGGGCUAUAAGAAUAUAGCAAACUUAUUAGCUAAUGUGAAGAGUGGACAGGAGCCAUUUUUCCUGACCAGUGAAGUUGGAGAGCAUGAAAUCUAUUUUUGCAGGACCUUUCUGGAUAGAAAGAGUGAGAAGAGAAUAGAUACUAAAUGGCUAAACAUAAAACAGAAGCAGCCAACUACCAUAUACAUUCUUUUUUCAAAUUUAAGCCCAUUAGUUACAUCAGUUGGAGAAGAUGCUUUUCAGUAUCCAAAAAUUAAACUCCAUAAACUUUCCUACAAGGAUGUAAAGGAAUACCUGGAGCAGACGGAAAGCAUCACGUUGAUUUUUCUUGGAGUAGAACUUCAGGUGAAAGACAGCUUGCUUCCUACUCUGAACGGAAAAGAGGCAAGCGAAGGUGAAGAUGAUAGGCUUGUUGCUUGGUUUGCUCUCAGUAUAGAUGUUACUGCUGCUGACAGAUUUAUACAGGCGCAUCAAGGCUGUUAUUUCCUUCAUCCACCUAUGCAUGCCCUGCUGCAAUUGUCUGAAAAUGAAGCUGGAGUCAUUGCCCAGGCUAGAUCUGUUCUAGCAUGGGAUAGCCGGUAUCAGUUCUGCCCAACAUGUGGCAGUGCAACUAAAUUAGAAGACGGAGGCUACAGAAAAUUUUGCUUAAAGGAAGACUGUCUCAGCCAUCAGGGGAUUCACAACACAUGCUACCCAAGAGUCGACCCUGUAGUGAUAAUGCAAGUUAUUCAUCCAGAUGGUAACCAUUGCCUUUUGGGAAGAAAGAAAAGAUUUCCUCCAGGCAUGUUUACUUGCCUUGCCGGAUUUGUAGAGCCUGGUGAGACAAUAGAAAAUGCUGUUCGAAGAGAAGUAGAGGAGGAAAGUGGAGUUAAAGUGGGCCAUGUUCAGUAUGUCACUUGUCAACCAUGGCCAAUGCCCUCGUCCCUAAUGAUUGGAUGCAUAACUGCUGCAGUGUCUACAGAAAUUAAAGUUGACAACAUUGAGAUAGAAGAUGCCCGCUGGUUCAGUAGAGAAGAGAUUUUGGAAAUUCUCAACAAAAGGAACCAGAGUGCUUUUGUUGUACCACCCCAUCAAGCCAUUGCACACCAGUUGAUAAAGCACUGGAUUGGAAUGAAUGCUAAUCUUUAAAUCUAAUGACUUGAUUUAUCUAUCUUGUGUCACAGCUGUAGCUGCUACUGUGUUGGAAUUAAACUAGAUGUAAUUAAUCAUUCA